UUUACAAUUUACACAAGUAAAAUGUUUUCACGCAUGAGAGAUUUUUUGUAUCGACACAGACGCAAAUUUGUUGUCAGUGGUGUUUUGGUUGGGGGUGUAAUUUUUGCAACUAGGUAUACACAGCGUAAGCUCAGAGAAUGGCAGGAAAGUGAGACCCGAGCAUUUAUUGAACGAACAAGACGACAACAGCACUUUGAGAGUACAGAGCGAACCUGCAAUCAAACGAUACUCUCUCUUGCCAAUGGACUUAGAGACACGAUAACCAGCACUCUGGACACAGAGGCAAUAGUGGAGAAACUUCGAUUGGGAUCAGGUGACAAAAUAAGUCUUUGGAACGAGCUGAAAGUCCUUGCACUUGCCAGAUCAGCUGCCUUGAUUUAUGCUAGUACAAUACUGGUUGUCACUUUAAGAAUUCAACUUAAUGUGAUGGGUGGCUACAUGUUCCGGGACUCUAAAAAUCCUGGUCAACAGGUUGAGAUUGACGGACCUAUGCAGGAAAAGUAUCUAUCGAUAUGCGAGUACUUUAUGAGUGAAGGCGCAGUUAAACUGAGUCAAUUCAUUAAAGGAAAGGUGGAGGAGACUGCUGCUUCUAUAACUCUAGCUCAAAAGCUAAGUUUGAGGGAUGUCGAGCAAAUUUACUUGGGAAUAACUUCCUCCAUUUCUGCAGACAGUAACAAAGACCCUAUAAAGAAUUUAUCUUCUUACGUUCUUCUGCCAAAUUGUGAAGCAGUAUCCGAUAAAACCCUGUCUAAGAUCAUAGCUGAGACGUUGGACCUCAUGGAAAGUGAAGAAAUUCAAUCUCUCGUUCGUUCUAGCAUCAGGACUGGCUUUGUCAUGAUGGUUGAUCACGUCUCUGAGUAUUUCUUUGACUCCUCAUUUCCUGGCGUAAUGGAACAACCCACCCCUGUCCCGGGUCCGUCAUCCCAGAGCAAUUCCACAUGGACCAACGCGACUGAGAAACCCUUACAAGUCGCUCAGACAAACGGGUUCCUUAAUGUUAACAAAAUGUCCAUGCCGAUGGCAAAACUUAUCCCUAUCGUGAAUGGACAAGUGCCUGCAGUGCCCAGAACAGGUGACAGUCCUUCCGUGUGGGUCAAACAAUUGAUUCUAAAUGAUCAACUUAAAAGUUUUGGAGCUAAUGUCUACGAGGCAUUCAGUUUCUGAUGAUUAUAAUGAAGGUCUAUGGGAAUUCAGGAGUUGUUCAACAAUGUGAGAUGAUAUAGAUGAACGGCGGUGUAAGUGAAGUUGGUUGAAUAAAUUUUGUUACUCUAAA